AUGCAGACACGAGAGCUGAACGACGGCUCAUCCAUCCCGGUCUUUGCUUUCGGUACAGCAACCGCGCAUGGACGCACUGAGUGUUCCGAAGCGAUCCUGCUGGCGCUACAGAAGCGUUUUAGGCACAUUGAUACCGCUUACUCGUACGAGAAUGAAGAGUCGGUCGGGCUCGCACUCACGAAAUGGGGUGGACAACGGAAGGAUGUCUUUAUAUGCUCGAAAUGGGGCUACUUCAAGCCUGAUCAUGACUAUGACCCCGAGUUGGAGCUUCAAGGCAGUCUGAGAAGGAUUGGAGUGGACUACUUGGACCUGUGUGAGUUGUAUCCGCCGCAGGGAAUGACCAAUGUCGAAGCCUGGAAGAAGAUGGAGAACUUCCAUCGGCGAGGCUUGGUCAAAUCUAUCGGCCUGAGCAGCUUCAAUGCUGAUCAUAUCGAAGAGAUCGCGAAGAUCUGGGCGAUUAAGCCAUCCGUGAACCAGGUCGAAUAUCAUCCGUACAGCUUCCAUGAGCCUCGUAUGGUCCGCAUGGCCGAGACAUGCAAAAAGUACGAUAUUGCGAUUUCGCCAUUCACCUCACUCGCUCCCUUGACCCGCUUCCCCGGCGGGCCGGUCGACGAGGUGGUGGAACGCAUCAGUGAUUCUCGAGGCGUGACCGCGGCGCAGGUACUUCUCGCCUGGGCUAGGCAGGUCAGCGAAGGAGGGCCAGUCGUGACGUGA